AUGGAGAACAUCUCUUCACACAAACAUUUUAUUUUCACUGGCUUUGAAGAACUCGGAGCACUGAGGCCCGUCCUCUUCAUCCCGUUCUUCCUCAUGUUCAUCGUGGCGCUGGUGGCCAACUCCCUGCUGGUGUACGUUGUCUUUUCACACAGAAGCCUUCAUCAACCAAUGAGCAUCCUCAUCGCUGGCAUGGCCUGCGUUGAACUCUGCCUCCCAGUAUUCUUUGUCCCCAACAUGCUGCUCAGCUUCCUGUUUGACUGGAAGGGGAUCUCUCUGAUUGGCUGUCUGAUUCAGAUGCACUUCAUUCACUUCUUUGGAGCUUUUCAGUCCACAUUUUUAGUAUGGAUGUCUCUGGAUCGCUACUUUGCCAUCUGCACACCUCUGUACUACCAUGAACUCAUGGCUCUGCAGAGAUUUCUGAAGUUUAUAAUCCCUCUUGCUGUCAGAAAUAUGCUUCUCAUCACUCUGUUUGUGAGUUUGGCAGGAAAACUCUCAUUUUGCACAAAUAUAAUAAACCAUUGUUUCUGUGAGCACAUGGCCUUGGUGGAGCUGGCCUGUGGAAGCACCACCAUUAACAAUCUAGCAGGACUGAUGGCUCUGUUCUUCAUCCCUGUUUUGGACUUUUUGUUUAUUGCUGCCUCUUAUAUUGCGAUAUUCAGCUCUGUGUUGAAGUCCAGCAGCUCCGGCCCCAAAGCACUUCACACCUGCGUCACACAUGCGAUUGUGAUAACUCUCAGUUUGGCCGUAGUGCUGAUUGCUUUUCUUUCAUAUCGGAUUAGAAACGGCCUCCCUACAGCGGUUCGGGUUUUCUUCAGCACCAUGUACCUGCUGUUCCCCAGUUGUUUUAACCCAAUCAUCUAUGGAAUCAGAACCACUGAGAUCAGACAGCACAUGCUGAAGACACUGACACAUUGGACAGGCUUUGUCCAAACUUUGUCUUUUUAA